UGUAGCCCCACGAUACAUAUUAGGUGUGUAUCAAGUUUUUGAGGUAAACCAAUAACGCCACUUUGAACAUGCGUAGAAAAUUGGGGGAAUUGUAACACAAGCCCUUUGAACAAAGAAGAGAAGCGACAGUCCCACCGCAACGAGAGAUUUCAGAUGAGGGAACAUAAGAAGCAAAAUGCUUAUGUGAGGCAAAUAAUUGAGGACAUAAUGUGGACUCAAACGGUGGCGCGAAUUUGCAUCCUGUACAUGAUUUUUAGCAAAGUUUCGAAGAAAAGGAGGCGAGCUGAAUUUGCGUUGGCUUACGACAUUCUGAAUCGAGUACCGAUGCAGAUUCAACGUUUAAACAGACUGGUUGGGGUAACUGACACAGAUUGUCUAGUUAAUUGUAGGAUGGACCGGAAUACGUUUGGAAGGUUGUGCUCAUUGUUUACAGAGUUGGGAAUGUUACGCGUCCGGAGGUUCGUAGGGAUAGAAGAGCAAGUCGCCAUUUUUCUAGGAGUCAUAGCACAUCACAAGAAAAACCGUAUGGUUCGAUUUGAUCAUUGGCGAUCAGGGAACACAGUUUCAUUCUACGUUCAUGAGGAUCUCAAUCGGAUGUAUAAGCCAUCAGAUGGAGCUGGAAUGGCGCCGACUGCGGAGCUAAGCGUGUCCGUCUCUUCUCCUCACAUGCCCAAAGUGCCAAAGAUGAAACGCAAUUUGUUUGGAGACGGGUUCACGAAUGUGGGUAGUCAGUCCAAUAACGAGGAUAUGGACCCGCGUAUGGGGAAGAAAUACCCCCCAAAGCCGAAGAAAUUUCCUCCAAGCAAUUUAGGUUCGCCACAUGGAAGUUCAUGUGGCUCAUCGAACACCCACAAGUAUUGAUGGCUAUAAUCGACCUUGUUUGUUCCAACUUACUUUUGUUGUAUUUUCUAAUUGACGUUUUAUGUUGUAUUUGGCUUCGUUCUACUCUAUUAAGCUAGGUUGUGUAUGUGAUCUAUCGUGUGUAGGUUUUGUUGGAAUAUCUAUGUGGAAAUUCAAUCAAUGUGAUCAAUAUUUGCUGAUUAA